CAAUAAUGAAGGUGGCUGCGGCGCGGCGACAGUCUAAGCUGCGCCGGGCGGCGGUGGGGGCGGCGCCGGGGCCGCGCCUGUAGGACCUCGGGGCCGGCGCGGCGGGAUGGGGAACCGGCGCGGGGAGUGAGGUGGUGGCUGCAGCUGCGGCGAGCGGAACUUCAGACUGAGGGGCUUGUCCGAUCCCCCCUCUGGCUCAUCGGCCUCCACCUGCAGCCUCGGCGCCCGCGUGUCGCGGGGCCGGGGCGGCGGGGGUAUGUGGCGCUGGGUCCGGCAGCAGCUGGGGUUUGACCCACCACAUCAAAGUGACACAAGGACUAUUUACAUAGCCAACAGAUUUCCUCAGAAUGGCCUCUACACACCUCAGAAGUUUAUAGAUAACAGGAUUAUUUCCUCUAAGUAUACUGUGUGGAAUUUUGUUCCAAAAAAUUUAUUUGAACAAUUCAGAAGAGUGGCAAACUUUUAUUUUCUUAUUAUAUUUUUGGUUCAGCUUAUGAUUGAUACACCUACCAGUCCAAUUACCAGUGGACUUCCAUUAUUCUUUGUGAUAACAGUAACCGCCAUAAAGCAGGGAUAUGAAGAUUGGUUACGACAUAAUUCAGACAAUGAAGUAAAUGGAGCUCCUGUUUAUGUUGUUCGAAGUGGUGGCCUUGUAAAAACUAGAUCAAAAAACAUUCGGGUGGGUGAUAUUGUUCGAAUAGCCAAAGAUGAAAUUUUCCCUGCAGAUUUAGUGCUUCUGUCUUCAGAUCGACUAGAUGGUUCAUGUCAUGUUACCACUGCUAGUUUGGAUGGAGAAACGAACCUGAAGACACAUGUGGCAGUUCCAGAAACAGCAGUAUUACAAACCGUUGCCAGUUUGGACACUCUCAUAGGUGUGAUAGAAUGUCAGCAACCAGAGGCAGAUCUGUACAGAUUCAUGGGACGGAUGAUAAUAACUCAGCAAAUGGAAGAAAUUGUGAGACCCCUGGGGCCAGAGAGUCUCUUGCUUCGUGGAGCCAGAUUAAAAAACACAAAAGAAAUUUUUGGUGUUGCUAUAUACACUGGAAUGGAAACUAAGAUGGCAUUAAAUUACAAGAGCAAGUCACAGAAACGAUCUGCAGUAGAAAAGUCAAUGAAUACAUUUUUGAUAAUUUAUCUAAUAAUCCUUAUUUCUGAAGCAAUCAUCAGUACUAUCUUAAAGUAUACAUGGCAAGCUGAAGAAAAAUGGGAUGAACCGUGGUAUAACCAAAAAACAGAACAUCAGAGAAAUAGUAGUAAGAUUCUGAGAUUUAUUUCAGACUUCCUUGCCUUUUUGGUACUCUACAAUUUCAUCAUUCCAAUUUCAUUAUAUGUGACAGUCGAAAUGCAGAAAUUUCUUGGAUCAUUUUUUAUUGGCUGGGAUCUUGAUCUUUAUCAUGAAGAAUCAGACCAGAAAGCUCAAGUCAAUACCUCAGAUCUAAAUGAAGAACUUGGACAGGUGGAGUAUGUAUUUACUGAUAAAACUGGUACACUGACAGAAAAUGAGAUGCAAUUUCGGGAAUGUUCAAUCAAUGGCAUAAAAUACCAAGAAAUCAAUGGUAGACUUUUACCUGAAGGACCAACACCAGACUCUUCAGAAGGAAACUUGCCUUAUCUCAGUAGUUUAUCCCAUCUUAGCAAUUUAUCCCAUCUUACCACUAACUCUUCUUUUAGAACCAGUCCUGAAUAUGAAAUUGAACUAGUUAAGGAACAUGAUCUCUUCUUUAAAGCAGUCAGUCUCUGCCAUACAGUACAGAUUAGCAAUGUCCAGACUGAUGGCAUUGGUGAUGGGCCCUGGCAAACCAACCUCACACCCUCCCACUUGGAGUACUAUGCCUCUUCUCCAGAUGAAAAGGCCCUAGUGGAAGCUGCUGCCAGAAUCGGCAUUGUAUUUACUGGCAAUUCUGAAGAAACUAUGGAAGUUAAAACACUUGGAAAAUUGGAACGCUACAAACUGCUUCACAUUCUGGAAUUUGACUCCGAUCGUAGAAGAAUGAGUGUGAUUCUUCAGGCACCAUCAGGUGAGAAACUUUUAUUUGCUAAAGGAGCGGAAUCAUCAAUUCUCCCUAGAUGUAUAGGUGGAGAAAUAGAAAAAACAAGAAUUCAUGUAGAUGAAUUUGCUUUGAAAGGGCUAAGAACUCUGUGUAUUGCCUAUAGACAGUUUACAUCUAAAGAAUAUGAGGUAAUAGACAGACGCCUAUUUGAAGCUAGGACGGCCUUGCAGCAAAGGGAAGAGAAGCUGGCAGAUGUCUUUGAGUUCAUAGAGAAAGACCUGAUAUUACUUGGAGCUACAGCAGUGGAAGACAGGCUACAAGAUAAAGUUCGAGAAACAAUUGAAGCAUUGAGAAUGGCUGGUAUUAAAGUGUGGGUGCUUACUGGAGAUAAACAUGAAACAGCUGUUAGUGUCAGUUUGUCAUGUGGACAUUUUCAUAGAACCAUGAACAUCCUUGAACUUACAAACCAGAAAUCAGACAGUCAGUGUGCUGAACAAUUGAGGCAGCUUGCCCGAAGAAUUACAGAGGAUCAUGUGAUUCAGCAUGGGCUGGUUGUGGAUGGAACUAGUCUGUCUCUUGCACUCAGGGAGCAUGAAAAACUAUUUAUGGAAGUUUGCAGAAAUUGUUCAGCUGUAUUGUGCUGUCGCAUGGCACCAUUGCAGAAAGCAAAAGUAAUAAGAUUGAUAAAAAUCUCACCUGAGAAACCUAUAACAUUGGCUGUUGGUGAUGGUGCUAAUGAUGUAAGCAUGAUACAAGAAGCACAUGUCGGCAUAGGAAUCAUGGGUAAAGAAGGAAGACAAGCUGCAAGAAACAGUGACUAUGCAAUAGCUAGAUUUAAAUUCCUCUCCAAAUUGCUUUUUGUUCAUGGUCAUUUUUACUAUAUUAGAAUAGCAACCCUUGUACAGUAUUUUUUUUAUAAGAAUGUGUGCUUUAUCACACCUCAAUUUUUAUAUCAGUUCUACUGUUUAUUUUCUCAACAGACACUAUAUGACAGCGUGUACCUGACUUUGUACAAUAUUUGUUUUACUUCCCUACCUAUUCUGAUAUAUAGUCUUUUGGAACAGCAUAUAAAUCCUCAUAUAUUACAGAGCAAACCCAGUCUCUAUCGAGACAUUAGUAAAAACUGCCAUCUAAGCAUUAAAACAUUUCUUUAUUGGACCAUCCUAGGUUUCAGCCAUGCCUUCAUUUUCUUUUUUGGAUCCUAUUUUCUAAUAGGGAAAGAUAUAUCUCUGCUUGGAAAUGGCCAGAUGUUUGGAAACUGGACAUUUGGCACAUUGGUCUUCACGGUCAUGGUUAUUACAGUCACAGUAAAGAUGGCUUUGGAAACUCAUUUCUGGACCUGGAUGAAUCAUCUUGUGACCUGGGGGUCUAUUAUAUUCUAUUUUGUGUUUUCCUUGUUUUAUGGAGGGAUUCUCUGGCCAUUUUUGGGGUCUCAGAAUAUGUACUUUGUAUUUAUUCAACUUCUAUCAAGUGGUUCUGCUUGGUUUGCCAUAAUCCUCAUGGUUGUUACAUGUUUGCUUCUUGAUAUUGUAAAGAAAGUAUUUGACCGGCAGCUUCAUCCUACAAGUACUGAAAAGGCACAGCUUACUGAAACAAAUUCAGGUAUCAAGUGCUUGGACUCCAUGUGCUGUUUCUCAGGAGAAACAGCGUGCGCAUCUGUUGGAAGAAUGCUGGACCGAGUCAUAGGAAGAUGUAGUCCAGCCCACAUCAGCAGAUCAUGGAGUGCAUCGGAUCCUUUCUAUACCAACGACAGGAGCAUCUUGACUCUCUCCACAAUGGACUCAUCUACUUGUUAAAGGGGCAGUAGCACUUUGUGAGAGCCAUUCCAGGUCCUUUCCUAAAAUUCAGUGUGAUUAUCCUUUCAAUGGCCACACUAGCUCUGUAAAAUUUCUUCCUGAAAGUUCUGGAAUUGCUCAGACCCAGUCAGUUGCAAUGGCAGACAAACAGAAAGUAUUAACAUGAUACCCCUGGGACUGCCCCAAAUCUGAAUCUAAGCAUGUUUAAAUUUAUCAAUAAGGAGAGAUUUUUCAUCUGUCUGGAUUGUCUCUUGUGCUUUGGGGACUCCAAAGGGCAUUUCAUCCUGUGGCUGAGGCCACUGCAUUUUUGAUAUCAAUGUAGAAAAGGGCGAUAGCAAACUCCUCCUACCUAUGUGUAUGUUUUAGUAUUAGCUUGGUUAUUGACUCUUCUAUUGAAAUCUGCUUCUGUAAAUUGUGCUGAAAAGUUUGCCUUGAAAACUCUAUUUUUUUAUUAGAGUUAUAUUUGAAACUGUUCAUGGGAAAAGUUUAUGUGAAUAUUGAGAAAUUUUGGUCCCUCUGUGACCCAUGUUGUUAAUUCAUUAAUGCUUUCUAAGAUCCCAGAGCAACAUAGGAGAAUGCAGUUCCAUCCACUACUUCCUGCAGUACAGGGAGAAAAGAAAUACAAUUCCAGACUUCUCUGGCUGCACUGUAACACAACCAGUAAAGGGAACCAAAUAAAGGCCAAGGAUGUAUACUAUCUUACACAUAAAUCAGGAAUCAAGUGCAUUCACCAAAUUUCAAAUUGAUAUUUAAUAAGAAUAUUUUUGUGGCAGAAUAUGAAGAACCUAUAAUGGGUAAAUUUGGCACAUUAGCAUAUUAAUUUAAUGUGUUCAUGAUUGGAUUUUUUUGCAUGCUUUAAUCUGGUUAAUAUAUUUAAAUUUGCUUCCCCCUCCUCCUCUUUAUUUAUCCUGAAGGCUCUGUUUAUGAUACUUUAUGACAAUGUUGUAAAGUUCAAAUAUAUCAAUAAAAACAAGUUUGGACAGUAUUUAAAUAUUGCAAAUAUUUUUAAUUAUAUAAAUCAAGAUACUAUUGGGUAAUUAAAUCACUAAAAAGAGCUGAGCCUCUUUCUGUGGCAAAUUUAGAAUUCCACUGCCUUUCACUUUAGAAUAAGGGAUUUCAGAAUAAAAUCCUUUUAAGUCAUUGUCUUAUCUGAGUUACAGUGGGCUACCACAGUAAAGUGAAAUAUACCCAGUGUCCCAUUACAAAGUAUAUUUUCAGGUAUGGCUAUACAAUGUAAAUGAAACAAUGCUAAGUUUUUAUGGGGUAAUUGCCUCAAUAAAUGAAAAUGCCAAGAAUGCUUAAUCAGGUACAUGUGACUAUAAUUAACUCAUUGUACUUCAAGUUCGUUUCUAUCCUGAAUUGAUCAUGUAAAUUCAGCAUUGUCAUUUGUUUUGACAAAAAGUUGGUUUAAAAUUUGACAAUGAACAUUGGUUUAAGAACGAGUGCCCAUCUCUUAGCAUACGUACAUAUAAUGAUUACAUAUAAAAUUGAGUGAAAACGGUUACAUGAAUUGUUGCCAGAAUUCUCAGUUGAGAGUUUCUGUUAGUGGAAUGAUUACAGUAGAGCUCUUCCAUUUCCUACUUCAUAAAUAGUAGUGUUCUGGGAUAGGCUGCUACAGAGAGAAUGGUAGACAUAACUCUUAACUAUUUUCUUGCUAAUAUGCUAUU